AUGCGCGUUGGUGCCAAAGCUGCCGUCUACGUCACAGCCGUCCUCGAAUACCUCACUGCAGAAGUGCUCGAAUUAGCAGGCAACGCCGCCAAGGAUCUCAAAGUCAAGCGUAUUACACCGCGUCACUUGCAACUCGCCAUCCGUGGUGACGAGGAACUCGACACUCUGAUUCGCGCCACUAUCGCCUACGGUGGUGUCCUACCCCGUAUCAACCGUGCGUUGUUGCUCAAGGUCGAACAAAAGAAGAAGGGCAAGGUUGAUGCUUAA